GAGCCAUGAGGAGAGGGAGCUGUGACGACAUUGCGGCAUCAAUAAGCCCCCAACUCAAGAUUCUGGCACGACGUCGGCGCUCAGCUCCUUCCCUGGUUCUGGGCAGAGCCUUCAACAAGCCGUGGCCGUCGAUCAGAGAGAGCCCGACAUGCCCCUUUUCUGCUGACCAGAGUCCAUUCGUUUUGGGCCUGACAAACGAGGACGCCGAACUGAUUGCCGAUGCUUGUGUGCAGCUCACCGAGGGCUUGAAAAUGAAAGAGAAGCACUUGUUCCUGUUCAGCGAUGUACUUGUUAUCGCCAAGCUGAAAUCCAACAUGAGUUUCAGAGUGAAGCACAAAAUAAAUCUGUGUGACUUGUGGAUCGAUUUGUGCGACGAUGAGAUCUGUGGCAUCUUCAUCAACCCAAGGACUUCAUUGGUCAUUGCCUGGCCAAUCACUGUCUGCAUUGUUUCUUUCAGCUCGCCUGAGGUGAAAGAACGCUGGCUAGAUACUCUCCACUUAACCAUCAGAACUGCAAGAGAUAACGUCAAAGAAAUCCCAAAGCCCCCAGAAAACGUACUCAUGAAGGUGUUAAGCGGCAGCAGCAGCACAACUAAAACACUAACAGGAGGCUGCAUGGAUCCUUACAUUGAAUAUGAUGUAGAGGACGCCGUCAAAGCCUACCAGCCCCCUGCACGGAGUGACAUCACAGACGGGACGGGCCGUGUGAUUGAAGGCCACAAAAAGAGGAAGAAAGUGCUGUCCUGGCCUUUCCAGCGAAGGAGUUUAACCAAUUCAGACACCAUGCGUUCAGAUUUUGAUAUGAAAACCCCACUUUUUGGGCAGCCAUUGUCAAUAGUCUGUGAUGAAGAGGAGAAACUUCCUAAACCGAUUAUGGAUAUCCUUUGGAACCUACUGAAGAAAGGUAUCAACACUGAAGGAAUUUUCCGGAAGGCCGGUAACGUGAAAGUCUUCAAAGAGAUCAAGGAGCAUUUGAAUGCCGGCACAGAGAUCGACCUGGAUGAAAAACCUGUUAUUCUGCUUGCUGCUGUGCUAAAGGACUUCCUGAGGCAAAUUCCAAACAGCCUUCUAUUGACUGAACUUUAUGAAUCUUGGAUGGCAGCGAUGGAGAAGGAAAGCGUUAGUAACCGCUACAAUGAACUGAAGCAGGUUGUGGACAAACUCCCGAGACCUAACAUCGUCUUUCUUGAGCAUUUUCUCUGCUUACUGUACCACAUCACUAAAAAAUCAGAAAUCAACAAAAUGGACGCCAAAAACCUGGCUGUGUGCAUUGCACCCAACAUGCUGCAGCUUAACCCGAAAGUGUCCCUAGAAGUCCAAAAGGAGAUGACAGAAAAGGUCACAAUCUUGACACAAUUCUUAAUUGAGAACUGCUGUGAAAUAUUUGGGGAGAACAUUUUAUCCUUGCUUGAGGAAGAGGAGCUGGCUGAUAGCUCAGACACGCUGUCAUCUCAUCAACAUGACUCGGCCUAUGACAGCACUGAUGCUGACGGAGACUCAAGUGAGCAAAUCAGAAACAUUCAAAGCGACUUAGCGUGCAGUGAAAACACGGACCUGGAGGAACGAAUGAGCAGCCAGUCAUUCUCAAGCGACGCAUUACCCACAUCGCUCGACUCUGUGAAGACCUUCUCCCAUCGGUAUAACAGAAGAUGCUCGGAGCCUGAUAUUUUGGCUUCUUCUCACAAACAUGAAGUUGAAAUAAAAUCAGAGAAACUGGCCAGGAGUCACGAGGACUGCUCCGCAGAGAGAGAUGAUGAUCUCACCUUCAAAGAUCAAAAUCUGAAAAAGCAAAACUCAGACGACUGCGUCAUUAAGCAACGUUUUAAGGAUAAACGACCGCCCAACUUGAGCACCUGUCUGCAGGAUGACUUAGGACGGUCCUCCUCCUCCAAAGCAUCCUCGACUUGUUCCCUGGAGAGCACGGCGUCUAGUGCCUCUGUCAAUUCGGUGUUCACCAGCUCCCCUUUGCAAUCUCCUGCAAGCCCAAAGAGGUUUUUCUUUGCGCGGCACCAAUCUUUCUCUUUCAAAUCGAAUGGAGAAAGUCAAAAGAAUGAGAAGGAAGUGAAGAAACAUUCUCUGUCCUUUUCUGUGCGCAAUGACAAGAAACCUCUACUCAAAGCAAAAAGCUGGGGGCCAUCCCAUUUUAACAAAAGUACCUCGAAAAAGGACACUCAGAAAGAGGGACAGUUUGGUUGCGACACCCUCCAGGAGGACUCCCAAAAUGAAGUCGAGCCUUGCCAGCCCCAUCCUCGCAAUUUCUUGUCCCCGACUGAGGUUUUCCAGCAAGUGGACAAAAAAUUACCAGGGCGGCCCCCGUCCUACGAGCAGGCGAUUCAGACUCGGGUCAUUCCUGCUCCUCCAGACUACAAGUCUAUGACCGUGCAAGAUGCUAGGAGGAGGCUAUCAUCUACAUCCUCGUCCGAUAAAAAGUCCAGACCCUCUUCUUUCACAGAGGCACUCCUUUACAGGAGGUCUAAUGACUCAAGUCCAUACCUCCAAGAGGAAGACCAAACUCAACAAGAGUACCGGAAAAGGACAAUGUCAGAAUCGAAAAGCAGACACGAGAGGAUAAGUCAUCCCCUGUUUGAGGAAACGUUUCUUGUUAAGGAAUCUUACGUGUAAACCAACGAUUGCAAUACGUCCGAGUGUAAAUAUUUUGGUGUGAAAAUGCGUCAGGUGUGUUCUCGAUUUUAGUGCAAUAGACUUAAUUCGUUGGUUUCCUUUGCAAGAACUGGAUUGAGGAGACACGAACAGAUUGACUUGUUCUUCACUUGUUUUCCCUGAGACUUUGAUAGUUAGUGUGGUUUAAGGCACUGGAUAUCGAUGGACCACAUGUUGGCCAGCUUUCAACAUUCAAUCUGAACAACCACAGAAAAACGUUUCUGCUUCUGCUCUAUGAUGGGUGCAUUGCAUUUUUCUAAGCAGAGGAUAAAGACGAUGAUCACAAUCUUGCAUCAGGAGGUCCUGGUGCCUACUGCCAUUAGGUGGUGGUUCUCCUUUCUCCUUAUUUCAAGGGUCAGUAAACCAUGGGAAGCUAUUUGUAAAUUACAUAUCUAUAAAACAAACAAUGUUUGUUCUAAAAUGGUACUCCUUCUGUAAGAGGAGACAAAGCUAUGUACAUAACAUGUAGAAAGCUCAUUUGUACCAUAUUAUUAUAAGUUUCGUCGGCUUUGCGUGUAGAAAGUAAAAUGUUUGUAAGUGGCGGAUUGUAUACUACAAUUUUUUGAACUUCUCACUACAAUAAAGCACUUUGUAAAUUGUGUUUUUAACUGCAAA